AUGUGUCCAAGCCAAGAUUGUGUAACUAAUAAAUCCGGUGGCCGUUUAUCAUUACAAACACGUGGUUCAAAAUUUAUUAAAUUUCAAGAAAUUAAAAUUCAAGAACAUACUGAUCAAGUCCCCAUUGGAAAUAUUCCACGUUCUAUGACAAUAUGGUGUCGUGGAACAAAUACACGUUUAUGUCAACCAGGUGAUCAUGUUGCUGUCACUGGAAUAUUUUUACCAUUGCUUCGUACGGGUUUUCGUCAAAUGACACAAGGUCUUUUAUCGGAUACUUUUCUCGAAGCACAUAGAAUUAUUCUAUUAAAUAAAAGUGAAGAUGAAGAAAUUGAAGAUAAAGAAAUGAAUGAAGUUGAAUUAGCUGAUCUUUUUGCUGAAAAAGAUUUAUAUGAUCGAUUGGCAAUGAGUAUUGCACCUGAAAUAUAUGGACAUGAAGAUAUUAAAAAAGCUUUACUUCUUUUACUUGUUGGAGGAAUUGAUAAAUCACCACAAGGAAUGAAAGUUCGAGGCAAUAUCAAUGUUUGUCUUAUGGGUGAUCCUGGUGUAGCUAAAUCACAAUUAUUAAGUUAUGUCAAUCGUUUAGCACAACGUAGUCAAUAUACAACUGGUCGUGGUUCAUCUGGUGUUGGUUUAACAUCAGCACUUAUUAAAGAUCCCAUUACAAAUGAACUUGUACUCGAAGGUGGUGCCUUAGUCUUAGCUGAUCAAGGUGUUUGCUGUAUUGAUGAAUUUGAUAAGAUGACUGAACAUGAUCGAACGGCUAUCUAUGAAGUUAUGGAACAACAAACAAUUUCUAUUGCUAAAGCAGGUAUAUUAACAUCAUUAAAUGCUCGUACAUCAAUCUUAGCUGCUGCUAAUCCUGCCUAUGGUCGUUAUAAUCCAAAACGUUCAAUUGAAGCUAAUAUUCAAUUACCAGCAGCACUCUUAUCACGUUUUGAUUUACUUUGGAUAAUUCAAGAUAAGAAUGAUCGUGAAGUAGAUCUUAAGUUAGCUCGUCAUAUUGCAUCUGUACAUCAAACUGGAUGUCAACCAGAACUUGAAAAUAAUCAACAUUUUGUUGAUAUGAAAACAUUACGACGAUAUAUUGCAACAUGUAAAAAGAAACAACCAUUAGUACCUGAAUCAUUACUUGAUUAUGUUGUUACGGCUUAUGUUGAAUUACGUAAACAAGCACGUAUUAGUAAAGAUAUGACAUAUACAUCAGCAAGAAUGCUUUUAUCAAUACUUCGUUUAUCAACUGCACUUGCUCGUCUUCGUUGUGGUGAUCUUGUAUCAAAAGAUGAUAUUGAUGAAGCACUUCGUUUAAUGGAAUCAUCCCGAUUACUUUUGAAAGAUCAUGAAAAUGUACCAACAAGACAAAUAAAUCCAAUUGAUCAAGUAUUUUCUAUUGUACGCGAUAUGGUACCAUCAUCAGGUGCUAAAAUUGUUCGUUAUGCUGAAGCUAAAGAACGUUGUAUUGCAAAAGGUCUUAAACCAGAUACAUUUGAUGAUGCGCUUGACCGUUAUGAAGAAAUGGGUUUAUGGCAUGUUAAUCAACAACGUACAACAAUUACAAUUGUUUAA